AUGAAGUUAACCUCCACCCUCGCCUCCCUCGUCCUCGCCUUCGCGGCUGGCACCACCUCCGCUGCCCCCUUCCCCGGCGGCAACAUUGAGCUCCUCGACGUCUCCAAGCCUCAGGGCGGCAAUGUUGAAGUCAUGGACCUGUCCAAGCCCCAGGGUGGUAACGUUGAGGUCAUGGAUGUCUCCAACCCCCAAGGCGGCAACAUCGAGGUCCUCGGCGCCUUCGACGGUGGCUUCGCCAAGGUCUGCCGCGACAUCAUGCUCACCAACCGCAUCGUCAACGGCAAGCCUGUCUACUCAGUUCGCGCCAUCUGCCCCGACUGGAUGGACCAGAACUUCAAGACUGAGCUGCAGCUCAACCGCUGCCUCAUGAACGACUUUGGCCACCUCAAGUGGGCCAACCUUGGCCACUUCGACGACUCUUGCUACGACUGCAAGCUCCUGUCUGCCACUGACGAUGUCAAGAUGGCCUGCACCUGCGCUGUCGGCGCCAAGGGCACCAUUGGCACCACCAUUGCUCUCAACGAGGGCAUCCGCAACCAGGGCGGCGCUAUGUGGUGCGGCACCCAGAUCGGCACUCGCGUCCCUGCCUAA